AUGAUCAGGUCUCGGCAAUCAAACUCUAGCAGCCCCGUGAGACGUGUAACCCAUGUAAGGUCACUUUCACCAACGAUUGUUGGGACACUGUCUCCUCCACUUUGCAACUCGCCCGUCCGGAACAACGCUCAACUGCUCAACAGUCGCCGCGAAGACGGUGCGUCACAAAUGACUGUGUCUGUCGGGGAUAGUAAGGAGCUCAGUGAUGACGGAGAAAAAUUAAGCCGAAAGAAGAGACCGGGCUGUGAUAAGUGGAUGGGUAGCAUCCGCGCACUCCGUGACUCUCAUCUUCGUCUUGUUAUGCGUCAGCUACGUCAGUUCCGACAGAUCGAGCGACUCAGUCGCUCAUUAAAACAAAAG